AUGAGCAUCCGUCUGCAAAGCUCCUCUGCCAGCUAUGGAGGUGGUUUAGGGGGCGGCUCUUGUCAGCUGGGAGGAGGCCGUACUGUCUCUACCUGUUCAAACCGCUUUGUCUCCGGGGGAUCUGCUGGGGGUUAUGGGGGCGGCAUGAGCUGCGGCUUCGGUGGAGGGGCUGGUAGUGGUUUUGGUGGAAGUUGCGGAGGUUUUGGAGGUGGCUUUGGAGGUGGCUUUGGUGGGGGUUUUGGAGGUGGCUUCGGUGACUACUGCAGCAGCGAUGGUGGCCUCCUCUCCGGCAACGAGAAGAUCACCAUGCAGAACCUCAACGACCGCCUGGCGUCCUACCUGGAGAAGGUGCGGGCCCUGGAGGAGGCCAACGCCGACCUGGAGGUGAAGAUCCGCGACUGGCACCAGAAGCAGACCCCGACCAGCCCGGAGCGUGACUACAGCCACUACUAUAAGACCAUUGAGGAGCUGAGGGACAAGAUCCUGGCAGCCACCAUCGAAAACAACCGGGUCAUCCUGGAGAUCGACAAUUCUAGGCUGGCUGCGGACGACUUCCGGCUCAAGUAUGAGAAUGAGCUGACCCUGCGCCAGAGCGUGGAGGCCGACAUCAACGGCCUGCGCAGGGUGCUGGACGAGCUGACCCUGGCCAAGACCGACCUGGAGAUGCAGAUCGAGAGCCUGAAUGAGGAGCUGGCCUACAUGAAGAAGAAUCACGAGGAGGAGAUGAAGGAGCUCAGCAACCAGGUGGUAGGACAGGUCAACGUGGAGAUGGAUGCCACCCCGGGCAUUGACCUGACCCGCGUGCUGGCGGAGAUGAGGGAGCAGUACGAGGCCAUGGCCGAGAGAAACCGCCGCGAUGCCGAGGAAUGGUUCCAGAACCAGAGUGCAGAGCUCAGCAAGGAGGUGUCAUCCAGCACUGCCAUGAUUCAGACCAGCAAGACAGAGAUCACGGAGCUCAGGCGGACCCUGCAGGGCCUGGAGAUCGAUCUGCAGUCCCAGCUCAGCAUGAAAGCCGGGCUGGAGAGCACGUUGGCAGACACGGAGUGCCGCUACGCCAUGCAGCUGGUACAGAUCCAGGACCUGAUUAGCAGUAUGGAAGCCCAGCUGACCGACAUGCGCGCUGACACCGAGCGGCAGAACCUGGAGUACAAGCAGCUCAUGGACAUCAAGACGCGGCUGGAGCAGGAGAUCGCCACCUACCGCAGCCUGCUCGAGGGCCAGGAUGCCAAGUAG